UAUUUACCAGCAGGAGUAAUGAAACGGGGAGAGGGGCUUUUUCCGCAGCCUGCUGGGGAGACCGCAAAAGACGAAAGCGCACAGAGAGGACACACAAACUUUCGGACAGAGUACCGAAACGCCAGUUAUCCAUUUUGAGCCGUUUUUUAUCGCCCUUUGUUCCGUUUUUUACCCCGCAGUCCAGCGUUACUUUGUCGCAGUUCGUGGGAAGUGAUUUACUGGGCAAUGCUGAAGAAGGACACAUUUUGCGAAACUGACGCCUUUACCUGUGUUUUUACACGAAACUUCACUUCGGAUGGGAAACACUGAGUUGAAUCCUAUUUGCUCCUCAGAGUGAAGCAGCCGGAGGGGCUUCAGCUGCCCUGCACCACUGGAGCCUUCAAUAAUGUCGGGGCCAACACACCACAACUGGCCCCCUCGCUUCUGACCUAACAUGGAGCUUAAGGUCUGGGUGGAUGGAGUCCAGAGGGUCGUCUGCGGGGUCACUGAGGCAACCACCUGCCAGGAAGUCGUGAUUGCUUUGGCUCAGGCCAUAGGUCGCACAGGAAGAUACACUCUAGUAGAAAAAUGGCGGGACACGGAGCGUCACCUUGCCCCUCAUGAGAGCCCCGUGGCCUCUCUAAACACCUGGGGUCAGUAUGCAGGCGACGUCCAGCUGAUUCUUCUUCGCACAGGCCCCUCCCUGACUGAGCGACCCCCCUCAGAGGGACCCCCUCUCAGAGGACCUGAACGAGGGCUGCACCGACAGAGCCUCCCUCCCCUUGCAAAGCUUCGCCAUCCUAACGAUCGUUCCCUCCGGCGUCGUGAACCACGCCGUAAGUCGCUCACAUUCACUGGUGCACCCAGAGGCCUCAGGGAGAUAUUGAGUGGGGGCCGGAUCGUUGAGGCUGAGGCAAAAAGAAGAAUCCUCCUGGGAAAUGGUGGGAACCAUCACCAUGCAGGACCAGCCAUUGGGACUGCAUCACCCGGCCUGUGGGCAUGUCGCAUGGAAGAUCUGGUCAGACUGGUGGGUAUUCAGAGAGAGACGCUCACUGUGCUGGAGAAGAAGCUGGAGGCCUAUGAGGCAGAGCUGCAGGCCUGGGCUGAAGGGAGAGGGGGACGAGUUGGAGGGUUCAUCGGAGACACAGGAGGAGGGCUGAGUGAGGAGAUCCUGAGGCUGGAGAAACAUCUGAGAAAGAACGAGGUGGAGAUGGAGGAGGAGGAGUUUUGGGCCACAGAGCUGCAGAUUGAGCUGGAGAGUGAGAGACAGCUGGAGGAGAGACUGCAGGAGCUUAGAGGACGUCUGCAGGGCUGUGAGCAGGAGAUUGAAGAAAAGCUGGCAAUGGUACAGGGUGUUGAGGUAGGGUUAGAGGAGGAGAGGCUGCAGAGGGAGCGUCAGGAGACACAGUGGGUGAGCGAGGCUGAGGCACGGGCCCAAGUCCUCAGAGUCAAAGCUGAACUGAAGGCUCAAGAAAGACAAGCUGUCCAGCUGGAGAGCAGCUGUCGAGCCGUGGACAGAUCACUUGGACAAAGCAGCAAGAAACUGCAGGACAUGCAGCAAGAGCUGGAACAGCUGACCAAAGAGCUGAGACAGGUCAACCUGCAGCAGUUCAUCAAACAGACCGGCACCAAGGUCACCGUGCUGCCCGCUGAACCUACUGAGGAAGACGGCACAAGCAACAGUCAUGGAAUAGACUUAGUUCCCCUGUCCGGCUCCCUGAAGCGUCCUAUGUCAUCAACCCCGAUGUCCAAUCACCUUAGGGUGCUCCACAGUCCUCUGAGUUCAGGCCUGAACCCAGAGGGCAUCUAUGUGUGAACAGUUGUGUUGUAAGUGGAUAUCUCUGUACUGGAUACCUCAGUAGCACACUACUAUGCACUGUUGUCUCGAUAACAUGAAGGCAGCCUUGAGUGUAAAGACUCACAUGAUGAAGGAACAUUGUCUUUGGAUGGAAGUCAUGGAGCACUUGGUGGGAAUGGAUGGCAGAUUGAAGCAUGAAGAAGAAACCCCCUGAACAUGUCAGGAUUUAAUUUUACAGCUCUUGUGGACUUUCUAUAUAAACAUAUCCACUUAAUGUACUUUUACUCUCACUUUAGUACCUGCUGAAUGAUUUGUAUUAUGUUCUCUCUAGCAUCAUGAUUCAAAACGAUUGCCUUUAUUGAGAAUCUUAGUAUGUGAAUCUAUAAACUAUAUCUCUAAAAGAUCUGAUGUAACUAAAACAUUAUACCCAGUUAAUGACUGGUUCUUGUUGAAAUAAUGAAGGAUCGACUUGUGUCUGUAGUAGAACUGUCUAUAAUCUGUCAUAUCUGAAUUAAUUCUUGUAGCUCUGCCUGUGUUCAUGUUGAAACUAUGCACAAAUGGUAUUAGUUUUGUUACUAAAGAAUGUUACUGUCUGUACGCACCAAAAUGAUGGAUACUGUAAAUAUGUUUUCUUACUUUUCAGCUUUAUUCAGUGAAUUAUUCUAUUUUACUACAAGGCUGUGCAUUCACAGCGACAAAAAGGAGUGCCCUCAUUCCUGCAGUAAUAUCUGCAUCCUGAAACAGUGUUAAAUAUCCUCUUAAGCUGUUUGUUGUUAAAAUGACUACACAGUACGUUUUUGCCAAAUCUGUUAUGCUUGUUUCUUUGAAAGGAUCAGUGGCCAAAGAUUAGCGGGUCUCGUUGCAUGAUUUUGUUGUUUCUAUAGCCAUAUCUGGAUGUGCAGGCCCCCCACAGUAACAGUAAAUCAAUUAGUUUAUGGUCAAAGUGGCGGCAUGUCAUAAUCGAAUGGAUAGCUAGUGUGAAUAACAGAGGCAAGUGUGUUUGUAUGCAGUGUAGUCAAGAUAUGACGCCCCUUUUAGGUUGUAGUUCAGCUGCUAAUCACGUCAAAGUGCCUUAACUUCAUUCCACAGUGGUUGUAUUCCAAUAAUGUACAGUGAAGCUGUAGUAGAGACAUAAAGCAAUGAUUGUAGAUCAAAUGUCAUAGACGCAGAGGGAAAUGAAAAUAGCACAGCAGCAAGGAGGAAGCUAGAAUGAUGUUUUAUCUGUUUUAGAGAAUCAUUGAUAGAGAACUUUACAAUAGUGCUUUCCACUUGUUACUGUAUUACUGUAGCCAUAGUAAUGUGCUGUAAAAUGCAUUUACAUGUACACAUUUAUUUCAUUAUGCAACACAUACUGUAUAAGUCACCAUUGUACUGUCGCUGUACAAUUCAUGGUUAGAAAUGAAAACAGAAAGAAAGAAGGCUCUGGAGGAUUAUCAGCACAGCAUGUCUCCCUGCUGUUUAACUAAAGGAGACCCUGUUUUCUUUUUUUAACUAUGGUUGUCAUUGUAUUUGGGUGUAUUUUCCCUUUAAGAAACCACUUGUGUGCAUUAUUAUCCACCCUGGAAUGAGAGGUAGCUGUGGUCACUGUUUACAACCGUUUGAGUAUGUUUUGUAGAACUGUAAGAUGUCGACUGUACAUAAACCUGUUUUUAUUGUUUCCUGCCUUAAUAUACUGCGAAGUGUUGACUGAUGUAGGGCUGUAACUGGCUGCUGAUACGACUUUGGUUGCAUGAUUCAAUAAAACAUCUGACUAAA